AUGUUCCCGGUGCUGAAGGUGAAUGUGUCCGCUGACCCCAACGCCAUGUACUGUCUGCUGGACUUCGUGGCGGCCGACGGCCACCGCUGGAAGUACGUGAACGGGGAGUGGGUGCCGGGCGGCAAGCCCGAGCCGCAGGCGCCCAGCUGCGUCUACAUCCACCCCGACUCGCCCAACUUCGGGGCGCACUGGAUGAAGGCGCCCGUGUCCUUCAGCAAGGUCAAGCUCACCAACAAGCUCAACGGCGGAGGCCAGAUCAUGCUGAACUCCUUGCAUAAGUAUGAGCCUCGAAUCCACAUUGUGCGGGUGGGCGGCCCCCAGCGCAUGAUCACCAGCCACUGCUUCCCCGAGACGCAGUUCAUCGCGGUGACGGCCUACCAGAACGAGGAGAUCACAGCUCUCAAGAUUAAAUACAACCCCUUCGCCAAAGCCUUCCUGGACGCGAAGGAGAGAAGCGACCACAAGGACGCAAUGGACGACCCCGGGGACGGCCAGCAGUCCGGCUUCUCCCAAUCCUAUUCCGACUCCUCGCCUGCCUGCGUGUCCAUGCUCCAGCCCCACGACAACUGGCCGGGCCUCGGGGUGCCCGCCCACGCCCACACCGGCGUGCUGCCCGUGAGCGCCGGCUCCGGCCCACCUGCGGGCGCCAGCCAGUACCCCGGCCUGUGGUCCGUGAGCAGCGGCGCCGGCACACCGGGCGCUCAGCAGGCCUCGAUGCCCAGCGGGCUGGGGGCCCCGUUCUUCCGGGGGCCUGCCCCCCACCCCGCCGCCCUGGGCCCCCCGGGCCCGGCCUCCUCCUCCUCGGGGUCCCCGCUGUAUGACGGGGCCGGCGCCCCAGACGUGCCCGACAGCCAGUACGACACCUCGGAUGUGGCCUGCCUCAUAGCCUCCUGGACGCAAAAGGAAAACCCUGUGAUUCUGAGUCGACGGGAUGAGGAGGUGGAGACGCAGAAGGAGGGAGAUGAGCGAGUCCGUGGCGUGGAGGGAGGGCCCCCAGCACCCGGGGCCACGCCUCUGCUGUGUGGUUUUGGGGUCACUGGCCAGUGGAAGCACGGGGCCGGCACCGACUCACAGGACGCUCCCGGCUCCUGGUUCAAAUUUCACGAGGAGUCAGAGUCCACGGAAAGGGCAGAGACGGCCCAUCGCUCUCAGCAGCUGGUUUUUGACGAAGGUGCCAGGAAGCUCUGUACGCAGCAACUUUGUCAGCAAUUUAUUGAGAUGCAGUUUGACUCUGAUGAGCAAAGAAAAGCUGCCAUCUGCUCGCCAGCGAGCGUCGGGGGCGAGCGCACAGGCUGCCGCCCGCCCGGGCACCCCGACCGCCUGCGUCUCCGCGGGGCGCGGAUCCCACUCCUGGAGCGGCACCCUGGGGACCGCGUCACCUCCCAGCCCCCCUCGUCGCCCCGCAUUCGGGGCAGGGCUGGGGGGCGAGGGCCCCGGAUCCUGAAACUCACCGUGACCCCGCCAUGGACGCGAGCCCGGGCCGCUCCGCCUGCACUUGUCAUCCGCGUGGCCCCGUGGCCCCAGCCCACGCCUGUCAUCCGCGUGGCCCUGUGGCCCCAGCCCGCGCCUGUCAUCUGUGUGGCCCUGUGGCCCCAGCCCGCACCUGUCAUCUGCGUGGCCCCGUGGCCCCAGCCCGCACCUGUCAUCUGUGUGGCCCUGUGGCCCCAGCCCGCACCUGUCAUCGGCCUCCGGAGCGCCUGA